UGUCUGCACUUGUUUUUUCAGUGGAAAUCUAGGGUGCAUUGUCUUACUAUAAUAUUUUCCACCAAUCUAUAGGAAUAUUAGUAUCAGUGAAGAAAGAAGAGAGGAGGAAAAAUGGAGGAAAUAGGGUUUCUGGGGAUGGGUAUAAUGGGAAAGGCAAUGGCCGUCAACUUGCUCCGCCAUGGUUUCAAGGUUACUGUUUGGAAUCGCACUCUCUCCAGGUGUGAUGAGCUAGUGCAACAUGGAGCUUCUGUUGGAGAAACUCCUGCAGCGGUAGUGAAGAAAUGCAAGUAUACGAUUGCGAUGUUGUCAGAUCCUGCUGCAGCUCUUUCAGUGGUUUUCGACAAAGAUGGUGCUCUUGAGCAGAUAUGUGGUGGGAAGGGGUAUAUAGACAUGUCAACCGUUGAUGCUGAUACUUCUUCAAAGAUUAGUGAGGCCAUUACAUCAAAGGGUGGCUGUUUUGUUGAAGCUCCAGUUUCAGGGAGCAAAAAGCCAGCUGAAGAUGGCCAACUAGUAAUUCUAGCAGCUGGGGACAAGGCGCUAUACGAUCAAGUGCUACCUGCUUUUGAUGUCUUGGGAAAGAAAUCCUUUUUCUUGGGACAGGUUGGAAAUGGAGCAAAAAUGAAACUUGUUGUUAAUAUGAUCAUGGGCAGUAUGAUGAACGCGUUUUCGGAAGGAAUUGUAUUGGCGGACAAAAGUGGAUUGGACCCUCAUACCCUUCUUGAUGUGUUGGACCUUGGAGCCAUUGCUAACCCAAUGUUUAAGAUGAAAGGACCUGCUAUGAUCAACAACAGUUACCCGCCUGCAUUUCCUCUCAAACACCAGCAAAAGGACAUGAGGUUGGCUCUAGCACUUGGAGACGAGAAUGCAGUGCCAAUGCCAGUGGCUGCUGCUGCUAAUGAAGCAUUCAAGAAGGCGCGGAGCUUGGGUUUGGGAGACCAUGACUUUUCAGCUGUGUUCCAGACUAUUAAGGGAGCUCAAAGUUCAACCUGAAUGCAAGAAUAACAACUUGAGGAGACCCUCGAUCAUCCAUUUUGCCAACUCUUGUAGUCUCUGAAAUUAUUAGUUAGUAGAAAUUGUGAUAAAACCUCUCUAUGAACUAUUCAAGUGCAAGUGCAGAAUUUGAGAAUUUAUAAGCCCGUAGAGUUUUGCAAAAGAGAGUUAAAAUCAUCCUGGGUAAAUAAUCACUUGCCAAGUGAACUUGAAACAA